CCCACAGAUGGAGCUGGAGGCUCUUCUCUCAAUCUAUGAAGGGGAUGAGUGUUUUAAGGAAAUCAGUUCAAGUUCCUUCCAGUUUAGGAUAGGAGACCUUGAUGACACCAUAGCGUUCAUCUUGGACGUCACAUGGCCUGAGACGUACCCUGAGACGUCCCCCGAGAUCACUCUCGAUUCCUUUUUCAACAACAAGAUCUCUGCAGAGACGAAGCAGCUGAUCCUGUCAAAGCUGGGGGAGCAGGUGGAGGCUAACCUGGGCACGGCCAUGAUGUACACUCUGUUUGAGUGGGCCAAGGAGAACAAGAUGGAACUCAUGGAGAACCACAAGCCUGUCAUCAUUGCUGUGACAACAUCCAUCGGUGACGGGAACACAGCCAAGAAGAAGGAGAGGAAGGAACAGCUGACUAAAUCCCAGAAGAGGAAGAUUGUCAACAAAACAGAUCACAAAGGGGUAUUGCCAAGAGGAUGGGACUGGAUCGACGUUGUCAAACAUCUGAGUAGAACAGGAGGGAGAGAUGACGAGUAGCAGUGAUCUGGUGCUGAUUUGUGCAAGGAAGUGCAGUGAAGUGUGAACUCCCUGCAGCCUGUGGAUGCUGCUGCUCCUGUCUAGAUGCCUUUACAUCCUUCAUCUUCAACAUCUAACAUGGCUGCUGUCGCCCUGACAACCAAAGCAGGCUGGGUAUCAAUUUAGGACACACACUUCCAGCUUCACUGAGACUUUGCACUGAGAAAUAUUUGAAGCCCUUGGUGUGUUUAAUGUUUUUGUGGGACGCAGCCAGGUAAAGAGCAACACAUCACCUGGCUUUGUGCCUCUUCCACAGUUUGCACUCAAAUAUUCUGCUGAGUCAUCCAUCAGAGUGUGCUUCAGAUACUCGCUGCCACGCACCAGAACCUAAAGUGUGGUAUUGUGGUUCCAGGUAGAUGUGUCAAAGUGCAGGUAAAUUUUUAGCAACACUUAAAUGUCACCGUUUUCUUAUUUGAGAGAUGUUACUUUCCCCCUAUGAAUUGAAAAACUUCAUUUUUAUAUAUAUAUAAAUAAAACCAAGUUUGGUCUACUA